AUGUGGGCAGCCAUUGGGGGACAUAGAGAAGUGGUGGAGUUACUUGUAAGUAAAGGGGCUAAUGUAUCACUGGUCGAUAAAUACGACAUCAACAUCCUUCACUCAGCCUGUAUUGGAGGACACGUCGAGGUGGUCAAGUAUGUCCUCUCACAGAACAUGUUGGACAUCAAUGGUAGAGUACGGUGCGAACGAACACCCGUGUUGCUGGCAGCAGAGAACGGGAAAAAAGACAUGGUCGAGUUUCUUGUAGGUAAAGGAGCUAACUUGAAAACACUCGAUGGAAAGGAUAACAACAUCCUUCACUGUGCCUGUCGGGGAGGAGAUAUAGAGUUGGUGAAGUAUAUCCUCUCUCUGGACAUGUAUAACAUAGAUACUGAACAGAGCGGACUGUCAGCAGUGAUGAUAGCAGCAAAAUGGGGACACAAAGAAGUGGUGGAAUUACUCGUACAACUUGGAGCUUCUUUGUCAAAGAUAGCUUCCAGCAAAGACAACAUCCUUCACCUGCCCUGUUACAGAGGACAUCUCGAUGUAAUGAAAUAUCUCCUCUCACUGAAUGUGUGGGACAUCAACAAGAAGGGAUGGAACUUUCGGACACCAGUAAUGACAGCGGCAGCAAGGGGACAUAAAGAAGUGGUGGAAUUACUUGUAAAACAUGGAGCUGUUCUGACAUUCAAGGAAAGAUCCGGUAACAACAUCCUUUACUUGGCCUCUAACUCCGGUAACGUGGAUUUGGUGAAAUAUGUCAUCUCACUGAAUGCGGUGGACAUAAACAGUAGAGGCUGGAGGAAUAAGACAGCACUAAUGGAAGCAGGAGGAAAGGGAUUUAAGGCAGUGGUGGAAUUACUCGUAAAUCAUGGAGCUGAUGUGUCACUCAAAGAUGAAGGCGGUAAAAACCUUCGUUAUUACGCCAGAGGAAGUAGGGAGAUAAUGGCAUAUCUUAAGUCACUUCGUAAUUUGAAAAACCUACGCUGA